GGGAACUACGCGCAAAUUACUCUUAUAAUAUAUAUGGACGGCGUUGAGCGGCGGGCAUCAUUCGUAGACUGACUGUCACGACAGUGUGAUCGUAGUUCGAUUGAGUUGAAACGAUAACAAGAUGUAUAAGUUUGGCAUCCUCCUCAUUGCCUCCUACAUAUGCAGCACCGCAGCUCUCCCGCCCUGCGUGUGCGCACGUGACUACACGCCCGUCUGCGGCUCCGACGGCGAGACCUACCCCAACAGCUGUAUGCUCGACUGCGCCGCCCAGACCAAACACGAUCUAAAGCUCGCCCACGGAGGCCCCUGCCAAGCUGAAAAACCCUCCUGCAUUUGCACAUUUGAAUACAAACCAGUUUGCGGCAUGGACGGCACAACCUACCCCAGCAAAUGCGCUCUCGGCUGCGAAAAAUCUAGAAACCCCAACUUGGUUAAGCUACAUGACGGCCCUUGCGAAACUGAGACCGUCACCGAGGAAGUGAAAGUAGCCAAACCCAUUCUACCCACUUGCACUUGCACGAGGAACUUCGAGCCAAUCUGUGGAACCGACGGUGUUACUUACAGUAAUAUGUGCUUGUUGAAAUGCGCGGCGCAAAACAAGCCUUUGGAUAAAAAAGCUGACGGUCCCUGCGAGGACGUGACUGUGAAAGUAGUGGAAGAUUCAAAACAAGAGCCCCCUAAGAAAAGCUGUGUGUGCUUCAGGAAUUAUGCGCCUGUGUGUGGAUCGGAUGGAAAAACGUAUGCUAACCAUUGUGUGCUGGGAUGCUCGAGUAACAGUAAUCCUGGAUUGAGCAUGGCUCACAAUGGUCCCUGCUAAAUAAAGGGCUGGCGUUAUUGAUACACGCGCUACAAGACUCAAUUACCUAUUAAUCGUUUGUCAUAAUCUGUCAUUAGGACUUAGGUAUGUACUUAUAACAAAGGGAUAAAAGAUAAAUUAACUAAUUUUAUUGAAACUUGUAAAAUGGUAUGCCUUAGUCUGAACGUAAGUUUGUGCUUUUUGAGUUCUUGUAGUUCGAUAUAUUUUACCAAUCGUCCCGAAAACAGUAUUGUAUGUGAUGUUUUGUUUACUUAUUCGUAAGAAUGUUAUUCGGUCUGAUUGACAGCCUUGCCCAGUUAUAGGGCUUAUUUAGACAGCGCGAGAAUUCGCACGUGAGUUUUCAGAAAAACAGCUCUCAAAAUUCUGCUAUAGUUAUUUAAAAAAAAAACUUUCUAAUAUACCUACACAAAAGCAAUUUAACGUCUAAAUUUGCUGUUUUUAAACCUGUUUAAUUUUGCACUUUUUAAAACCACUAACAUUUAUUGGAGUAUAUCUAAUGUUUACCAUGAAUAAUCAAUAAUAGAAAAAACAUUUACUACAAUUAUGUAGGUAUAUGGAGUAUAAAUUCGCGAUAAAAAUACUUGUAAACCCCAAAAAUACUAUGCAUUUGACAUUUUGAAAGACCUUCUACACUAGCGCCCCUAGCGGCGAAAUUAAACGUGUCAGCCCUCAUUUAAUGUAAUCUCUCGCGCCGUCUAAAUGAACCCUAAAAAAUUUAUGUGUACGCCUAUUCAGGACAAAAAGUUUCGAAAAAGUGCCAUUUAUAUGUAUGAAGUUAUUGUGAUACCUUAUUAUUAACGAGUAUGAUAGUAAAGAUGAGUUCUAUAAAAUGUCUUCCAAAGAACGAAUAUUUUUAAGGCCCCCAAUGAGUAGAUAUGUCAUCGUAUUGUUAUGUCUGAUACGUAAUUGUAUAAGUCCGUAGUAUUAUAUAUUGUUAUAAAUAAACAUGUGAUAAUAAA